GAGCGCCACACAACGAGGGAACCCCAUCAGCUGGAAGUCGAGUAACAUUACAACUCCGAGCCGCCUCAAAGUGCCACAUUAGCGGACCAGGAUUCAUGUCUCCUCGGAGGGUCUAGCUGCGCUCGGAUCAGCCUCCUUUUAUUCCACGGAGACUGUUUGCUGUGUUUUCUUCUGGGGGGUGGGGGGGACCAAACUGGCGAGCAUGGAGUAUUUCAUGGUACCAGCUCAGAAGGUGCCCUCCCUGCAACACUUCAGGAAGACGGAGAAGGAGGUGAUUGGAGGUCUCUGCAGUCUGGCCAACAUUCCUCUGACCCCAGAAACAGCCCGGGACCAAGAGAGGAGAAUUCGCAGAGAGAUCGCCAACAGCAACGAGCGUCGGCGUAUGCAGAGCAUCAACGCUGGAUUUCAGUCACUUAAAACACUCAUCCCACACAGCGAUGGAGAGAAGCUCAGCAAGGCUGCCAUCCUGCAACAGACAGCAGAGUACAUCUUUACUCUGGAGCAGGAGAAGACGCGACUAUUGCAGCAGAACAGUCAGCUCAAACGAAUCAUACAGGAGUUAAGUGGUUCCUCUCCCAAGAGGAGGCGUGCAGAGGAGAAAGAUGAGGGGAUUGGCUCACCAGACAUCCUGGAGGAGGAGAAGACUGAGGACCUGAGGAGGGAGAUGAUCGAGCUGAGGCAGCAGCUGGACAAAGAGCGCUCCGUCAGGAUGAUCCUGGAAGAGCAGAUGCGUUCCUUUGAUGCACAGUUGUACCCAGAGAAACUUAAAGCGAUCGCCCAGCAGUUCCAGGAGCAGCAGGUCCAAACACAGAGCCUGGUCCGUAUGCAGCAGCAAAAACAGUUGGAGAGGGACCUCACUCCAGCCCACAGCCCACAGGCGGUGGCCCCAGCUACUCCCCCGGCACCAACACACCACGCCACCGUCAUCGUCCCCGCACCUGUCCAGACUCCCCUGCCCCAUCACGUUACCGUGGUAACCAUGGGCCCAGCAUCCGUUAUCAAUACAGUGUCCACGUCUCGACAGAACCUGGACACCAUCGUUCAAGCAAUCCAGCACAUCGAGGGCACCCAGGGGAAGAGCUGUGUUGGUGAGGAGGAGCAGCGGAGGGCGGUCAUCGUCAGCUCGGGGCGCGUCCUCUCCGACGCGGCGGGCUCAGACACAGCCUCCAACAGCGACGGGCCCGAUGACUGUUCUUUGCCUUGAGUUCAUCACCCCUGACGCUCUGCACACCUACACACCUACACACAUGCACACAAACACACAGAAGACCCGAGCAGACCAGGGCUGCGGGAGGCGACAAACUCACAGCACUCUUGUUCAGUGGACAUUAACAGGGCUGGUAGUCAGAUUGAAGCACUCGUUUUUAGUUUUUUCUUUUCGACGCGCACCACGUUGUACCGUGAUAGGCAGCCCAAAUAGGUUUACACUUAGACGCUCGUACAUGCAGACGUUUUCUCUCUGCUCAUCUCUUGACUCUCUCAUUCACUCACAAACAUACAAACUCAUGUCUCGUCAUUAAUCUAUAGAGAGAUUAUUAGAGCGACUACUUCACUUACUGAUCUGUAAAUGCUCCGUCAUACUGGAUAUUAGAAUGUCUGCUAAACAUCUCCAUUAACUACCAGGACUGUUAUCUUAGCGCGGCCCUGAAGCCAUGUGACUGAUCUGUGAAACAGGAGACAAAGUCGAUGAAGAGCCCAGCGGUGUGGCGUCGCCAUCCAGCACCAGACGAACAUCCUUUACAGCUCCCCUCGCUCCCUGACCCAUCCGAGCUGUUUGGAGAGACACUGUGAGCCAAUGCGACUGUCCUAAAGCUCCACCAUCUUAGGCUUCGUGUUCAAAAAACAUGUUAUUUACUUUUGUCAAGUCUACGUCUUCAUGUUUGGUUUUCUCCAAAAGCUCCGCGUUGAUGAGAAUUUAAAAGCUGUUCAUGUGGCUGAAAGGUGCUCACAGCUGAAGAAGCGAAGCUCGAGAAGAGAGAGUGCACUUACUGGUUCACAACGCUAUCUUUUUUUCUUUUUGUUUGUUUUAUUUGUCUGUUGCCAUUUUUGCUGGGCUGGGUUCCCAGUAAUCCCACAUGUGUAUUUGGCCUGUUCUUGUUACUGGUGGCCUGACUGAAAAAGAUCACGGUUAUUUGUUGACACCCUCCCCUCUUGAGUGUAGAAGCACCCGGCUUGUUGAAUAAGCUAAUCUGUGGGCCCUAUUGAGUAAUUUUCACUGCUGUGUGUCUUUUAGUGUUCUGGAUCUACAGGCCUGAGUGGUGUCUUGGACUCUGGCAGUCUGCAACAGCGCCACUUUUGCCCUUAAAUUGAAAAUUCGCACAUACAAAUACAACUGACAUACAAUCACUUGUUUGCUCAAGCUUAAUAACUUGUCUUAUUUAGUCCCUAUCAGUGUAGUUUUUUUUUUUUCUAUCGAAGCUGAGUUUGCUGAGGACAUGAAGAAAAUGCCCAGUGAAAUUAUCUGAAUGUGCCACGGAGCUGACUGGGUAGACCACACAUGCUCUAUGCAUUUCCUCCUAAUGAACUUGUGUCCGUUUGUGCAUCUAGCGUACUGUGCUUUUGACAUAUUUCCUCUUACAUCCUACUUUUAAACGCCUGGAGCGCUCGGUCGACGGACAGAUUGACUUUAAGACAUGUAGCGGAGCAAGGCAGCAGCUUGCCUUACUGCCAGCCUUAACGCAGCCCUGGGGUUGGAUAGAAGUACCUGAACACUUUAUCUGGGCCGGUUGGUGGCCGCUGGAAUCCCUCUGGUUUCCACCUCGCCUUUCCAAUCGGGCCUGUACGCAACCGGGGGGUGUUGUUUCCAGUUAUUUUGUCAAAUUCACUUCCCUUUGUCUUGUGACGUUUGCCUCCAGAAAGAACAGGUUUCUAGUGUCCUGAUAACUGUUUCUCCAGAGGGUUCAGAAUGUGUCUGAAUUCUGACUUCUGGCUGAAUUUACAUGUAGAUCUGAAUCUGUUUUUGGCUCCUUGCUGAGUGCUGUCAAAGCCAGAUGUGUGGAGAAAAAUUCCACGAUGAAAUGUUGACAUUCCAUAAAAUUUCACUGAUUUUUUUUUUCCCUCCCAGUUUUACUUUUCAAAAGUUAACCUGCUGUAUUUAGAGACUAGCUACAUUUAGGGCUUUUGACACAUCACUGCUAUUUUGAAGUAGCACUUAGAAACCAACUCAUCCCCGUGCAUCAGUGCUCAGAAGGAACUUUGAACUGCUGGGCAGAUAAUGUGUUCAACCGAACGCAACUCAUGAUUUAUGUCAUGGAAUUUCCCUUUAAAAAAAUAAAUAUUGAUGUCAGCUGCACUGAAAUGAAUGAAACUAAAUCAUGGGACGUUUUCCCAGUACUUUAUAGGAAGGGGAUUCCUGGAUGUGGAAAGUGUUUGCAUGCUCUGCUUUUUGAGGAGCUAUGGUGUUUUCCUCCGAGUAUCUGCAUUUGAUAGGUUUUCUGCUGAACUGGUUUAUUUCCACCUGUCUUUUGCACCCUGUUUUGUGUGUCAGGACACAUUUUGUGGACAUAUCAGAUUGUUAAUUGAGUGGGGGUGGGCCUGGGGUCAAGAUUACAAAGCACUUACUGUACUAUACUGGAGUUUGCCUCUGUCUUUUGUAUGAAGGGGCAUCUCCUCAGCUGAAGCUCUUGAGGUUAUUAGUAAAACCGCACAGCUGUGUUUUCCCAUUUCCCUCCAUGUCCAGUCCUCCUACAUCCUGUCCUGUUUGCCUUUUACUUUUUUUUGUUGUUGUUCUUUUGCAAUCUUGUAUGCUGUCUUUGUGUAUCUACCGUCAGUAUCUCUUGUCUCUCUUCACAUUUUUUUUAAAAAGCAUCCUUUUGUUUGUUCUCUCUGCUAUUUUUUGUUAGACCUGUCAGUGCAUAUGGUCAUCAAGAAGCUAUUUUUUUUCCCUUUUUUUUUUAAAGAGAAAUGUUUUGGGGAUAAAGAGGCUCGUGCCUUUGUAAAGACAGAAUAAUAAAGUUUGUACUUUGUUUUUUAAA